AACCUCAAAAUAGUGCGGCUGUCAUGGAUUUUAUUUUGUUCUAAUCCGCCCGAAAAUGUAGAUGAAUGAAAUAUUGAAAUACUAUCUACUCGAUUGUAAUUAAGUUAAUUCCUACCUAAAAGUAGCGAGAUGGAGGAGAAAGAAAUGGAAACGGAUAUUACGCUUUUGACUAUGGAAAUUCGAAAUGUGAGUGUUGUCACAGUUAACACUUCAGAGAAGGAUUCUGAUCCAGUUUCGAAUAAUUCUGGAGAUUUGUCUGAAUUAUCUGAAUUUCCUGAAUUAUCAAAACCUCCAGAGGUGGAAAAUAGUGUCGAUAUCGAUCCGGAUUUUAUUGAAAAUAAAGAAUCCAAUGAAGAAACACGAGGAACAGAAUGUAAACAAAAUUUAGCCGACAAUGAAAAUGCGUUUAUGGAUGUGGAUGUGUCAAAUUCUCAAGAAAGUGUUCAUUCCAUUAUUUUGGUGGAGAAAGAAUUCCCAACAAAUUUAGAAGUAGCAGAACCCCAAAAAAACAUAUCAGAUCUCGAAUAUAAAUGGAGAGUUCGACCAAAACUUUUAUGUUCUGCCACCGAGGAAUAUAAACCAUCAACAAGCUGUGAAAAAUUCACGAAAGGUUGCCAAUGGUCUCCAGAUGGAACCUGCUUAAUGGUAGCUUCGGAAGAUUUCCGAAUUCGUAUUUACGAAUUGCCCCACGAAUUAUAUGCCGAAAAUCCUGUGCCGAUUUUGAAAUCACCUCUUUUGAAACCGGCACUUUUUGUAAAAGAAGGAGGCCUUAUUUACGACAGUUGUUGGUAUCCUUACAUGAAUUCUUGGGAUCCGGCAACGUGUUGUUAUCUCACUACUAGUCAAGAGACUCCUAUUCAUUUAUGGGACGCAUUUACUGGAGGAUUGAGAGCCACUUAUAGAGCUUAUAAUCAAGUCGACGAAGUGGAGCCUGCAAUCAGCGUGAGAUUUAUCAAAUCAGGAACAGAAAUUUGGUGUGGAUUUAAAGGUGCCUUGAGAAAAUUUGAGACUGAUCGACCCGGCCGUCAAACGGAAAAUAUAUUUCUGAAAAAUGACUUUCCUAACGUGACUGGAUUGGUAUCUUGUAUUCGAGAAAAUCCAAUAAUGCCCGGACUUCUGGCUUUCGGCACUUAUUCUAAACACAUAGGUUUAUACCAAGACGGGCCUAUCUGCUCUUUCAAAACCGGAAGUGGAGUAACGCAAGUCGAAUUUAGUCCCUGCGGUACAAAACUAUAUUCAGCAGUGAGACGAAAUAAUGAAUUUUUUUGUUGGGACCUACGGAACCCGGGAGUCGUUUUGUGGUCUCUGGAAGAUCGAGCAGCGAAUACUAAUCAGAGAAUUUAUUUUGAUAUUUCGAGCGACGGAUCUACGAUCGUCUCUGGAGGCACCGACGGUUUCGUCAGAAUUUGGGAGGUCAACGAGCCUCGAGAAAAUCAAAUCGAGGCUGAAGAAUUAAACCCCAUUAGUAGAAUCCAAUUAUCGAAAGACUGCAUAAACGGCGUGAGUUUACACGCAAGAUUGCCUCUCUUAGCUACAACUUCCGGCCAAAGAAUAUGCGACGAAGAGGAAAAACACCGCGAUAAUAGUGUAAGAUUAUGGUGGUUUGGCAAUGUCGGAAAACAAUUCAAUACAACUGAUUAAAUAAAUAAAUUAUUUAACAAAGGAAA